UUAAUGUAUAACUUGGCUGUUCAAAAAGGGACAAGCUCAUAGUGUAGAGGAUUUGACCAGGUAGCCGCUUUGAUAGCCACAAGCACUUUGACACAAACCAUGGCUGUACGUCUCUUUGAAGGCAGAGAUCAUGCUGCUGCUUACAGGCGGUACAGAGUGGCACCUCUUGAAUUAAUCGACAGGAUUAUGAACUACAUGGAGAAAAAGACACCAAAACAGUUCAACCUUGCAGUGGACGUGGGCUGUGGCUCAGGCCAAGGGACAACCCUAUUGGCCCCAUACUUCACCAAGGUUGUUGGAACAGAUGUCAGUCCCGCUCAGGUGGAGGCAGCACUGGCCAAUAGCAACCCUCCAAAUGUAUCAUACAGGCAGUGUCCAGCAGAAGAGCUGCCGUUCGCUCCAGGUGAGGUGGACCUCGUGACAGCCAUGACGGCAGCUCACUGGUUCGACCACCAGAAGUUCCUCCGGGAAGCCAACAGGGUGCUGAGGCCUGGAGGCUGCCUGGCUCUAUUGAGCUACACCAUGGACAUGGAGCUGGAGUAUGGGGACCUCUCCAAUACACUCAAUGACAUCUGCAAAGAGUUUUAUGCUGCACUGCUUCCUUUCCGUGAUCCCUAUCUGGGACCGAGCUCAGUGAAGAUCUACUCAGACAUGUUUGACUCCUGCUCAUACUCAGACAAAGAGUGGAAUGAGUGUUUCAGGCUGAAAAGGAUCUUGCCGGUGACUGGAUACAUUGGCAUGGUAGAGACCUUCUCCAACUACCAGAAACUGCAAAAAAAGGACCCCAAUGAGGCUAAACGUCUUUCUAUUGACAUCAGGAACAAGUUGCUGUCUGCCAUGAAGGCGUCCUCUCCUGACACUGAAGUUACAGUGGUUGUGAAGUAUUUCUACUGGUUGGCACGUAAACCUUGAUCUUUCUACCUGGAUCGAUCCAGCAAACAGGUGUUUCUUAACUUUCUGCCUUGUGACCUCUUUAAACAAACCGAAGUCUAACUGGGACCCUUAGUACUGUGUGUCUCUCAGUUGUGAUAUGAAUAAGUCAUUCCUCAUUGUAAUCCAAGCACCAUGUGGUUUCCUUCUGCAGCUCUGCACAUGACAGUAAAAUCAGCAGUUUACUUCUGUUCCUUAAGCACAAAGUGAUUUGGCUUAAUAAAAACCCUGACCUCUUUGUCCAAAA